UAUAGUGCAGGGGGAUGUGGUCACUGUAGUCAAAGUUCGAUAGGGUCACGCAUCAAGUUAGAUGAUGUUUAGGGGGUCACGUGAUCUGAUUGUGUGUGUGGCCUAGGACAGAGCGGUAGUCGUGGCCUUUUGCAUAGUAGAGGUUGCAGUAACAGUUGAUUCUAUUAACAAUAGUCUAUCUUUUAUAAAUUACCAGAUUUGUGGGUACUGCAUUCUAGAAUAAUGACAAGAGUAAAGAGUGCAACAUUAUACUUGGAAGAUGGGUCAUGCUAUGAAGCGAAUCUCUUUGGGGCUGCUGUUAGUACUUCAGGAGAAGUGGUGUUUCAGACAGGCAUGGUUGGGUACCCCGAGUCUCUUACAGACCCAUCAUAUAAGCGGCAGAUCCUAAUUCUGACAUACCCCCUGAUAGGCAACUAUGGAAUAGCUAGCGAUGAACUGGAUAAAUUUGGCCUUAAAAGAUGGUUUGAGUCCAACACAAUCCAUGCUGCAGCACUGGUUGUGGCUGAUGUGACAGAUAACUACAGCCACUGGAGUGCAUCAAAAUCUUUAUCACAGUGGCUGGCUGAGCAUAACAUACCUGGGUUAUAUGGAGUUGAUACAAGAGCUUUGACAAAGAAAAUUCGUGAAAAAGGAAGCUUACUGGGAAAGAUUAUAGUGCAUGGUGAUGAUCCAAAUUCCAUUGCCAUGGAGGAUCCAAAUGUACUUAAUCUUGUAGAGGAAGUUUCUCUCAAGAGCCCAGUAACCUACAAUCCUUCAGGCGAGGUACAGAUUGUGGCUGUUGAUUGUGGCAUGAAAUUCCACCAGAUCAGAUGUCUCUGUGAGCGUGGGGCAGCUGUCACAGUUGUGCCCUGGAACCAUCCAUUAACUGGGCUGGAAUUUGACGGCAUCUUCCUUAGCAAUGGUCCUGGUGAUCCUACAAUGUGUCAAGCAACUAUCAAUUCUGUACAGAACCUUCUAAACAGAGAAGACUACAAACCAAUUUUUGGUAUUUGCCUGGGACACCAGCUGCUGUCUCUGGCGAUAGGUGCAAGAACAUACAAGAUGAAGUAUGGAAACCGUGGGCACAACCAGCCUUGUCUGUAUGAAGACACCAUUCGAUGCUACAUUACAACCCAGAACCAUGGCUUUGCAGUGGACACUCAGUCUUUACCUAAAGGAUGGUUACCUCUCUUUACAAAUGCCAAUGAUCUGACCAAUGAAGGAAUAAUCCAUGAAACAAAACCAUUUUUCAGUGUGCAGUUUCAUCCAGAGAACAUGGCUGGCCCUCAAGAUUUGGAAUUCUUGUUUGAUGUCUUUUUAGAUACUGUGAAAUCAAACAAGAAGGGAUGUGUCAGUCCAACGGUAAAAGAACGGCUUCGCCAGGCAGUACAUCUUAAAGAUGUGCCAUUAUAUCCCUUAAAAACACCUCAUCCUAAGAAGGUCCUUGUCUUGGGGUCAGGAGGCCUUUCUAUUGGCCAGGCUGGAGAGUUUGAUUACUCUGGUUCUCAGGCCAUCAAAGCUUUAAAAGAGGAAGGUGUGCAGACUGUUCUCAUCAACCCCAACAUUGCCACAGUGCAGACUUCGCAAGGUUUGGCAGACAAAGUCUACUUCUUGCCCAUCACCCCAGAUUAUGUCACACAGGUGAUAAAAUGUGAAAAGCCAGAUGGCAUAUUGUUGACAUUUGGUGGACAAACAGCUCUGAAUUGUGGCAUUCAGCUUACUCGCACUGGUGUUCUAGAACGUAAUGAGGUUAAGGUGCUUGGCACCCAGGUCUCAUCCAUCGAGUGGACAGAAGAUCGUAAAGUAUUUGCAGAUAAGAUGGCCGAGAUCAAUGAGGCUGUGGCUCCUAGUGAAGCUGCUUAUUCUGUGGAGCAGGCAGUACAAGCAGCAGAAACACUGGGCUAUCCUGUUUUAGUUCGAGCUGCCUUUGCACUGGGUGGUCUUGGCUCAGGAUUUGCAUCCAACCGAGAAGAACUUAUCGCUCUGGUGACCUCUGCAUUUGCCCACACUUCCCAGGUGCUUGUGGACAAGUCCCUCAAAGGCUGGAAGGAAGUGGAGUAUGAAGUCGUGCGUGAUGCCUACGAUAACUGCAUCACAGUGUGUAACAUGGAAAACGUAGAUCCACUUGGAAUUCACACUGGGGAGUCAAUUGUGGUGGCCCCCAGUCAGACACUUACAAACAUGGAAUACAAUCUUUUGCGCACCACUGCACUAAAGGUCAUCCGACAUCUGGGCAUUGUAGGAGAGUGCAACAUCCAGUAUGCCCUUAGCCCCUUUUCUCAGCAGUACUAUAUCAUAGAAGUGAAUGCACGGCUUUCCCGUAGCUCUGCACUGGCCAGCAAGGCUACUGGUUACCCACUGGCAUAUGUGGCAGCUAAGCUGGCACUGGGCAUACCACUGCCUCAACUUCGAAACUCUGUCACUGGCUCCACCACUGCCUGCUUUGAACCUAGCCUGGACUACUGUGUGGUGAAAGUGCCUCGCUGGGAUCUACGCAAGUUUUCCCGGGUCUCCAACAAGAUUGGGAGCUCCAUGAAAAGCGUUGGUGAAGUUAUGGCCAUCGGUUGCAAGUUUGAAGAAGCCUUUCAAAAGGCCUUGCGCAUGAUGGAUGAAUCAGUCAUGGGCUUCUAUCCCAAUACAGAGGAGGCAUCAGAAAAAGAACUCAGCGACCCAACGGACAAGCGCAUUUUUGUCCUGGGUGCAGCUCUGGCUGCAGGCUACUCUAUUGAUCGGCUUUAUGAGCUGACCAACAUCGACCGAUGGUUCCUCCACAAGUUUAAGAAAAUCACAGAUCACUAUCACCUGAUGGAAAACUACAGAGGAAAGAGCAAGGAGCUGCCAACAGAUAUCAUGCUACAGGCAAAGCAGAUGGGAUUCAGUGACAAGCAGAUAGCUAAAGCAGUAGCAAGGACCGAGCUGGCAGUGCGAAUGGCCCGUAACUUGCAAGGUGUGGUUCCAUGGGUGCGCCAGAUCGACACAGUAGCAGCUGAAUGGCCUGCCAGUACAAAUUAUCUGUACCUCACCUACAAUGCAGCUCAGCAUGACCUUCUCUUUCCUGGGGGUUACGUCAUUGUUGUUGGUUCUGGUGUUUAUCGCAUUGGCAGCAGUGUGGAGUUUGACUGGUGUGCUGUCAACUGUAUCAGACAAUUGAGAAAGAUGGGCUACAAGACAAUCAUGAUCAACUACAACCCAGAGACAGUUAGCACUGAUUAUGAUAUGUGUGAUCGCCUUUAUUUUGAUGAAAUUUCAUUUGAGGUGGUCAUGGAUAUAUACUCAGUGGAGAACCCUGAAGGUGUCAUCCUGUCCAUGGGAGGUCAGCUGCCCAACAACAUUGCCAUGGAUCUUCAUAGACAACAAGUAAAAAUACUGGGAACCUCAGCUGAAAGCAUUGACAAUGCUGAAAAUCGCUUCAAGUUCUCUCGCAUGUUGGACACUGUAGGCAUCAGUCAGCCACAGUGGAAAGAGCUCUCCACUACAGAGUCGGCCAUUGCAUUCUGCAAAGAAGUGGGAUUUCCUUGUCUGGUGAGACCAUCUUACGUUCUGAGUGGUGCUGCAAUGAAUGUUGCACAUUCAGUAGUUGACUUGGAAAACUACUUGACCCAGGCUUCUGCAGUGUCUAAAGAACAUCCUGUUGUCACCUCCAAGUUCAUUCUGGAGGCCAAGGAGAUUGAUGUUGAUGCUGUGGCCAGUGAUGGAAAGGUUGUGUGCAUGGCAGUGUCAGAACACGUGGAGAAUGCUGGCGUUCACUCUGGUGAUGCCACUUUGGUCACACCACCUCAGGAUUUAAAUGAAGAGACGCUGGCAAAGAUCAAGGCAAUCUGCCUUGCCAUUGGUGGUGCACUGGGAGUGACUGGACCCUUCAACAUUCAGCUUAUUGCCAAGGAUAACCAGCUGAAAGUGAUUGAAUGUAACGUGCGAGUAUCCCGCUCCUUCCCUUUUGUAUCCAAAGCCUUGGACCAUGAUUUCAUUGCUACUGCAACACGUGUCAUCAUGGGAGAGACAGUAGAACCUGUUAAUGUGUUAUAUGGCUGUGGGCGUGUCGCUGUCAAGGUUCCUGUAUUUUCAUUUUCUCGACUUCAAGGGGCCGAUGUGUUGUUAGGGGUGGAGAUGGCAAGCACAGGAGAGGUGGCCUGCUUUGGAGAAGACAGGUAUGAAGCUUACCUCAAGGCUCAGAUCAGCACUGGCUUCCAGAUUCCUCGCAAAAACAUUCUACUUUCCAUUGGCAGCUUCAAGAGCAAAAUGGAACUGAUACCCACCGUGCGAUCACUGAUUGAAAUGGGCUACAAUUUGUUUGCCAGUUUGGGGACAGCUGACUUCUACAAUGAACAUGGUUUUAAAGUGACGGCAGUUGACUGGCCAUAUGAAGACACUGGGGAAGACAGUGCCAAUGGGGAGCAGCGCACCAUUGCUGACUACCUCUCUGAACACAUGGUGGAUCUGGUCAUCAAUCUCCCACUAAGAAAUGGUGGGUCCUAUCGUGCCUCCUCCUUCGUGACUCAGGGCUACAAGACACGGCGAAUGGCCAUUGAUUAUUGUGUCCCUUUGUUCACUGAUGUCAAAUGUACAAAGAUGUUUGUGGAGGCUUUGCGUCGAGUAAAAGGGAUACCACCUUUAAAAACCCACAUUGACUGCAUCUCAUCCAAACGCAUCAUACGAUUGCCUGGCCUGAUAGACGUCCAUGUCCAUGUACGAGAACCAGGAGCUACUCACAAGGAGGACUGGGCAUCAGCCACUAAGGCGGCAUUGGCUGGAGGUGUGACCAUGAUUCUAGCCAUGCCUAACACCACUCCACCCACAGUGGAUUCCUCUGCCCUUGCUCUCACCCAGAAGCUUGCCCGGCAGAGUGCUUACUGUGACUAUGGCUUGUACAUUGGUGCCAGUAACCAAAACUUCACAACAGCGCCUAACUUGGCAUCACAAGCCGUGGCCCUCAAGAUGUACCUGAAUGAGACCUUCACCACACUGAGACUGGAUGAUAUCUGUGUCUGGAUCAAGCAUUUUGAACACUGGCCUCGCAACAUCCCAAUCUGUGCCCAUGCUGAAGGUGCUACUACUGCGGCCAUCCUGUUCAUAGCAGAUCUCUUCCAACGCCCAGUUCACAUCUGCCAUGUGGCUAGAAAAGCUGAGAUUUUGGUGGUGCGAGCAGCUAAAGAGAAGGGACUGCCAGUCACAUGUGAGGUGACCCCACAUCACCUUUUCCUUACAGCUGCUGAUGCUGAACGCCUAGGGGGUGGUCGAGGAAAGGUUUGUCCAUCCCUGGUGUCUCAAGAGGACCAGCAGGCCCUGUGGGAUAACAUGGACAUCAUCGACUGCUUUGCCACUGACCAUGCACCGCACUCUGUGGAAGAGAAGGACAGCCAGAAGCCACCACCUGGGUUUCCUGGUCUCGAGACAAUGCUGCCGCUUUUGUUAACAGCUGUGGGAGGGAGAUUGACGAUUGAGGACAUCAUUGCUAAGCUUCACACCAACCCUCGCCGGAUCUUCAACUUACCAGAACAGCCUGACACAUAUGUUGAGGUUGAUAUUGAGACCACUUGGACCAUUCCAGACGCCAUGACCUACACCAAGUCUCAUUGGACUCCGUUUGCUGGCCACCAGGUGACUGGCAUGGUGCGACGCGUGGUGCUGAGGGGAGAGACUGCCUUCAUCGAUGGGCAGGUGCUGACACAGCCAGGAUUUGGGCAGGAUGUCCGGACUUUACCAGCUCCUCCAGUGCUGCCAGCAGCUCCUGACCAGCCACUUACAAUCCAGAUUCCAUCUGGCAUGGUGUCACAGAAUGUGUCAGAACCAAACAGUCCACGCAAGAUUAUCCCUAUGCCGCUCCAAAGUAUUCAAUUGUCUGUUGUGCCGUCUCACAUUCCCCCUGUACCUCCAUCCAUCCCAGACAAGAGCGGGUCUGGCAGGGCAGCCAUGCUGCAUGAUGGCAGGGAUUUGCAUCGUUUCAUUGUGAGUGAAUCACCUGAAUCUCUUUACAGGGAAACGAGAGAUUUACGAGAUAUCCAUGUAUCUCACCCCGACUUAAAGCGUGACCUGAUGUCUCAGUUGGGUGGCCCCAUCGUUGGCCAUCCUUCAGUGUCAAUGCCACUUUCAGAACCAGCAUCACAUGUGCCACAUCACUUGCAGCAGGUCAGCUUGCCCCAAUACAUCCCUGGCAUCACCAACCAUCACAUCCUGUCAGUCAGCAUAUUCAAUAAGGACCAGUUGUCGCAUAUCUUUAACCUUGCUCACAAUUACCGAGUGGCUGUAAUGAAGGAUCGACCUCUAGAUCAUGUGCUAAAAGGGAAGGUCUUAGCAUCGAUGUUUUAUGAAGCCAGCACUCGUACCAGCUGCUCAUUCACAGCUGCUAUGGAGCGACUUGGCGGCAGGGUUAUCCCCUUCAAUGAAGCCACCUCCUCAGCCAAGAAGGGGGAGACAUUGGAAGACACAGUGGUAAUGAUGGCUGGGUACUGCGAUGUACUGGUGGUGCGUCACCCUAUUGCAGAUUCAGUUCAAAAAGCCGCAAAAGUGAGUCGCAAGCCUGUUAUCAAUGCUGGGGAUGGGACAGGGGAACAUCCAACACAGGCCCUCCUGGACAUCUUUACCAUCCGUGAAGAGAUUGGUACUGUCAACGAGCUGACGAUUACAAUGGUUGGCGACCUCAAGAAUGGGCGAACAGUUCACUCCCUUGCCCGCUUGCUUGCCCUGUAUCGCGUCAGCAUCCGCUAUGUAGCCCCUGCUGAGCUGCAAAUGCCACGAGACAUUCAGAACUAUCUGCGGUCACAGAAAAUUCCACAGGAGACAUUUGAUAAGUUGGAGGAUGCCUUACCAGACACAGAUGUGUUGUACAUGACAAGAAUCCAGAAGGAACGCUUUUCAUCUCUUGAAGAGUACAACAAAAUGUGUGGACACUAUAUCGUGACCCCAGAACUGAUGACCGUUGCCAAGCGUCGAAUGGUUGUCAUGCACCCAUUGCCUCGUGUUGAUGAGAUCAGCACCACCUUUGAUACUGAUCCACGCGCGGCCUAUUUCCGACAAGCUGAGAAUGGGAUGUAUGUGCGAAUGGCACUCCUGGCUUUGGUGCUAGGCAAGUGCUGAAGAUGAAACGGACAUCAGCCAAGAAACAGACAUCUGAACAAACCUUUUUUUUUCUCUUUUGUUGUUGUACUGUUGACAGUAAUCCCUUCUGAUACAUAUUUGUUGUCUUUAUAUAUUUUAUGUUUUGAGCGAAGUGGAAAUAUGACGGAAUGCUUUUUGAUUUGGUAUAAAGUGUACAGUAGAAUGCCUGCUACACAGUUUAUAGUUGGUCAUUUGGUUCUUCAGGGAAGACUGAAUUUUUGCCGUUUUUAGCAUAACUGUAAACGUGCAAAAAUUUGUUAUGAGCAACAAAAAGUCAAAAACAGAAGGUUGUGAGGGAUUUUGUGAGGCCUGUUUUCUUGCCUUUUGUCUGAAACUUAAGCACAGACAAAAUGUUUCUGGACUUGGGAAUCAAAUACUGAUUGCUUGAAAUAAAGCAUGAAGCUUUAUGAUAUGUUUGAAAGAUAUUCAUGGAGUAAGAUGCCUGGGUGCCGGGUAAAUGAAGAGUAUGAUAAGCGAUUGGUUGCCUGAAAAAAAUGUUGGGUGAAUAUUUUAGGUACAUGUACAAGGUAGAGAAUGAGAAACAAUGAAAGAAUAAAGGGUAAGUUAUGCCUGGGUGAAGGUAGACUGGAGGGUGACAUUGUGAAUUCCAUCCACAUAGCUUCUGACAUUGGUGUCUUUGGUUGAGCAAAUGAGAUGAUUACUUUCCUGGCCUCGUGGCUGGAGCUGUGGGUUGAAAUGGAUGACA